CAAUUUUCCUUCAACUUGAAAAGGCCUCGUUUUUGUAUGGCGUCUUGAAGGGUUUCUUGAACAUUGCCAGUCUGCAAUCUCAAGGCAAAAAGAGAAAAAGUCAUGUGGCGCGUGGGCAGAUCCAUGGGCCUUCGCGGGGCUAGCCGUGCCUCUCGCCUGCCGCUACUGCGCACGUUGAGCACCAAGAUGGACGAGUCUGCGUAUCCGCCUCAGUGGAUCAAGAUGGCCACCAAGGAGCUCAAAGGCAAGGAUCCAACCACACACUUGGUGUGGAAUACUCCCGAGGGUAUCCCCAUCAAACCUCUGUACACUGAGAACGACUUGGAAGACCUGGAUCUAGUACAGGCACCCGGUAUCUUCCCCUUCACACGCGGGCCGUACGCCUCCAUGUACACGGCCAAGCCCUGGACUGUGCGACAAUAUGCAGGCUUCAGUACGGCCGAAGAGUCCAAUGCGUUCUAUAGGAAGAACCUGGCCGCGGGCCAACAGGGCCUCAGUGUGGCCUUCGAUCUGGCCACACACAGAGGCUACGACUCGGACCAUCCGCGCGUCCACGGCGACGUGGGCAUGGCCGGCGUCCCCAUUGACUCAAUAGCAGACAUGAAGAUCCUAUUCGACGGUAUUCCACUGGAUAAAAUGUCAGUGUCUAUGACUAUGAACGGGGCCGUGUUGCCCAUUCUGGCCAUGUACAUUGUGACGGCCGAGGAACAACAAGUGGACCAAAAAUUGCUAUCUGGUACGAUCCAGAAUGACAUUUUGAAGGAGUUUAUGGUGCGCAACACCUUCAUCUACCCGCCUGGCCCGAGCAUGAGGAUCAUUCAGGAUAUCUUCGGCUACACGUCCGAGUAUAUGCCCAAGUACAACUCCAUCUCGAUCUCUGGGUAUCACAUGCAAGAAGCAGGAGCCGACGCCCGAUUGGAGCUGGCUUUCACUAUAGCUGAUGGUAUUGAGUACGUCCGAGCAGCUCAAGCGGCUGGCCUUGACGUGGACGCUGUGGCCCCGCGACUUUCUUUCUUUUUCGCUAUUGGAAUGAACUUUUACAUGGAAGUGGCCAAGUUACGAGCUGCCAGAAAAUUGUGGGCCAAUUUGAUGAAAGAAAAGUUCCAGCCGAAGAAUGGAAAGAGUUUACUACUACGAACUCACUGCCAGACGUCGGGAUACUCGCUAACCGAGCAGGAUCCAUACAAUAACAUCAUGCGGACGACAGUGGAAGCUAUGGCCGCUGUCAUGGGCGGCACGCAGAGUUUACACACAAAUGCAUUGGAUGAGGCUCUGGGGUUGCCGACCGAGUUCAGUGCUCGCUUGGCCCGUAAUACGCAGUUGGUGUUACAGGAAGAAACGGGUAUUCCGCGUGUGGCCGACCCGUGGGGCGGGUCAUAUUUGAUGGAAUCGCUUACGCAGGAGCUGUACGAUGCUGCUCUGGAAGUGAUCAAUGAAGUGGAGGAGCUGGGUGGAAUGGCCAAGGCUAUUGAGUCCGGGAUGGCCAAGUUGAGAAUCGAAGAAAGCGCCACCAAAAAGCAGGCGCGUGUUGACUCCCGUGAAGAGACUAUCGUCGGUGUGAACAAGUACGUGGUGGAGAACCCAGACACAGUAGAUGUGCUCACGAUCGAUAACACAGCGGUACGUAAGAAACAGAUCGCACGGAUUAAAGAAGUCAAGGCGAAUCGGGACGAAGCUGCAGCUCAAGCGUGUCUUCAGAAGUUACGAGACUCAGCAGCACUUACAGAGAGUACGGGGCCAGGCAAACACCCAAUGAACCUGCUGAAGUUAUCUGUGAACGCAGCGCGUGCUCGCUGCACGGUGGGUGAAAUCUCCGAGGCUCUUGAAGACGUUUGGGGUCGACAUGUCCCCAAGAGCUCCGUCGUGUCCGGUGCAUAUCGUAACGAGUACAAACACAACGACGAGGCUGAAGCUGAAUACAACGCAGUCGUCAAGGAGAUUGAAGCUUUCGCUGAACGGUUCGGCCGUCGGCCUCGUAUGUUGGUGGCCAAGAUGGGCCAGGACGGCCACGACCGUGGAGCUAAGGUUAUUGCAUCCGGGUACUCAGAUAUGGGCUUUGAUGUCGACGUGGGUCCUCUCUUCUCGACGCCGGAAGAAACGGCACGUCAAGCCGUGGACGCAGAUGUGCACUGUAUUGGUGUGAGUUCGCUUGCAGCCGGCCACAACACGCUGGUCCCGGCGCUGGUAAAAGCGCUGAAAAAUGAAAACGCUGAACACAUUCUGGUGAUCUGCGGAGGCGUCAUCCCGCCCAAGGACUACCAGUUCCUGUACGAUGCAGGAGUCGGUGCCAUCUUCGGCCCAGGCACACGCCUACCCGUCAGUGCACUUGAAACGCUGCGCGCUAUCAUCAAAAAGUCGGAAGAAAACGAUGCCAAGGGGUUAUAAGUGUGUGUGUGUGGCAAAAGAAGAGGAAUCGACGUGAGCAUGUUGAAUGUACUUCUAACUGAAGCUUUUCAUUCUUUUCGAUUCCAGUGUCGUGUGUCUUCAUAUUCCUGUGACCUCAUAAUUCCAAUCCCUACUGGAGACACAUAGUUAUCAAAAACCUACAUAUCAAACCCUACUUCCGGC